CCCCAAAACACGGCUAAGGGACUGCAAAUAAACGCCGGUACCAACCAACACACCUGCCCUUAAAGUGGUCAUUUGCGUGACUGGCUGUCAGCUUUACCCUCCUCUUUUCCUCGUUCUCCUGGAGUGGCACCAACCGGAGAUGAAAACCAAAACGAUACUCAGGUUUCCUCGUGUAUGCCAGCGAAGGAAGUUCGCGUUCAAGGUUGGACUGGCUUUCACUGGAACCGCGACAACCCGUUUGCAGCAUAACUCGGUUAUUCCGUUCCCCCUUCAACUCCCUUUCCAUGUCCAUUUCUUCUUCGCGUGAAGAAGAGAUAGACACGGUGCUUGUAUACCUUUAACUGCACGCCCGAAGUGCUUUGCCUGUGCAGUGUUGUCUUUGAGCUUUCAGUCGUGCAGUCAAGAUUACGGAGAUGGCUGGAGUGUAUACGAAGAAACACGUGGAGGACGUGUUUGACACGUCGGAAGAAGCGCUCCCUUUCAGGCUCCAGCAGAUCGCCGAAGACGAGCUCGGAGAGACUCCAGCUCGUAGGAAGGAGUCUCUCGCGAAACUUCUGCAGCUGUUAUCAGAGGAGGAAAACUUGAACUCCCGAAAAGACGCCCAGUUCCUUCUACGCUUCCUUCGAGUGCGGAAGUACGACGUGGAGGCAGCCCUGCGCACUGUGAAGAACUACUACAAGAUUCGAAAUACGAGCGGACCGGUGUUUCGUGACUUCCUGCCUUCCAAGGUGUCACCAGCCACGAGAAAACUCAUGAUGAUCAUCAAAGAGAAGGACGCUCACGGACGUCGAAUCUUCUACUUCAAACCCGGAAUGUGGGUGCUCAACGAAUCAUCCUACGUAGAUGUGCAUCGGGCAAUGAUGGUGUGCUUGGAAUACCUGGCCAAGGAUCCGACAACACAAACACUAGGUGUGGUGCUACUGUUCGAUUACGGUGGAUUUACAGCAGACAAAGUGCUCGCCGUCAAUGUGGGUCUUAUAAGAAGAGCAUUUGAGUACCUUCAGGACUGUAUGCCUAUGCGGCUUAAGGCCGCGUACUCCGUGAAGCAAGGGCUAGCUUUCGACACCUUCUUCACGAUGAUCCGGCCUUUCUUGAAAGCGAAGCUCGUGCAAAGGUUCAUCCUGAUAGGUGACAAGUUCGAGGAACUACACAAAGAAAUUCCAGCCAAGAUCCUUCCCGAGGAGUACGGUGGUCAGGCGCCACCCUUAGACUUCGAGAGUUUCUGGAACGAAUUGGAGGGUUGCGACGACGAGUACCGAGAGAACAGCAGCUAUGGCUACGCAAGGACAAGCAACGGGGACUUUGCAACGGUCGCCGAGAUUGAACACCAGCUGACGUUUUCCGAACCAGAUCUCAAUGCCAACAGGGACGAGGAGUUCCUGCUCCGGUUUCUGCGCGUCCGAAAGUACAACGUGGAGUCGGCUCUUCAAACCAUCAAAAACUACUACAGAAAUAAGGCUUCGAGCGACUCCCUCUACCGGGAUUUCCUGCCCUGCACUGUGCCAGCGGCGGCGAGACAGCUCGUCAUGAUACUGCCGGACAAAGACGUCUUCGGGCGGCCGGUAUUGCUCUUGAAACCAGGUUCAUGGAUGACCAAUGAAGUGUCCUACUUGGACCUUCAUAGGGCCGGCCUGUUUUGCUUGGAACAACUGGCUCGUGACCCAGCUGCACAAGUUCUAGGAAUAGUGCUACUGAUCGACUUUGGCGGAUUCACGGUAGACAAGCUUUUGUUCGCCAGCGUCAGUCUCCUGAGAAAGGGCCUGGAUUAUUUGCAGGACUGCAUGCCGGUGCGGUUGAAGGUAGCUCACAACGUUAAGCAGUCGUACGCUUUCGACGUGUUCCACGCUCUCGUCAGGCCAUUCAUCAAACAGAAGCUAGCCGAAAGGAUACGCCUACACGGGUACAAUUUCGAAAAUAUCCACAAGGAAAUCUCGCCCAUGGCAUUGCCCGAGGAGUACGGGGGUGGGCGACCUCCGUUGGAUCCAGAGGAGUGCUGGAAGGCCUUGGAUGCCGACAAGGAUUACUUCGAAGCCAGUAGUCGUUACGGAUAUGCCAUGAACGACGAAAACAAACUUCCCGCAGAACCCGAUUCCCCACUAGAACUCACUAGUUUGGGCGUUCGAGGAUCGGUGCUCUCACGGGGUGGUCGCCUCACUCACCGCUCCGCAAUGUCCGGCGUGUACACCAAGAAAUGCGUGGACGAUGUGUUCGACACUUCGGAAGGUGCUCUGCCUUUCAAGUUGCAAAGGAUAGCCGAGGAUGAGCUGGGCGAGACGCAAGCGAAGAGACAGGAUGCUCUGGAGAAACUCACUCAGCUGUUAGAAGCGGAACCAGAUCUCAACGCAAACAAGGACCCGAAGUUCCUGCUCCGUUUCCUGCGCGUGCGUAAAUUCGACGUGGACGGAGCGCUGCAAACCAUCCGAAACUACUACAGGAACCGUGCUUCCUGCGUGACCAUCUACCGAGAUUUCCUGCCACGAAAGGCACGACCGGCAGGGCGAAAGCUGAUGAUGGUGAUGCCCAACAGGGAUGUUUAUGGACGUCCUAUAAUUUUGUGCAAACCAGGUGUAUGGAUGCCAGCUGAGAUACCGUACGCAGACCUGCAGUGCACUUGGCUCAUCUGCAUGGAAUACAUUGCAGCUGAUCCGGCAGCGCAGAUCCUUGGCGUUGUGCUGUUGGUGGACUUCGCGGAGUUUACAGCUGACAAGAUUAUCUCGUUCAGCUUCGGCCUUAUCAGGAGAGCCCUCGAAUACAUUCAGGACUGCAUGCCUAUGAGAAUGAAAGCAAUACAUAUCGUGAAGCAAUCAUAUGCUUUCGACCUGUUUUUUGCCCUCAUCAAACCUUUCAUCAAAGCGAAGCUGGCCGAAAGGUUUCGAUUCCACGGGGACAAUUUCGAGAAGCUCCACGAAGAGAUCUCGCCUAAGACUCUGCCGGAGGAUUACGGAGGUCAGGGAUCGCCUAUCGACCCGGACGAAUUUUGGAAGCGAGUGGACGCCGCGGAAAAAGACUUCGCCGCCGCCAAUCGGUUCGGGUACCCCAUGAGAGACCAGGACGAUUUGCCUCCUGACACCGAGGAACUGAAGCAGGAGCUAACGUCUCUGUGACUGCGUUGCGAACUUCAACUAGCGCGUAGUUUGAGGAAAUUGUGUGUGGCCUAAUAAUUCACUGCAGUUGCGUCGUUUUUCUGGUUGGCAAGACAUGGAAUCUGUUCAAAGAGUAACGAACCUGUACACAAUGUAAGUAUUAGCAUGCACUGUUCUGGCGAAAAACAGGGAUCAUAUUCGCAAAAACGUA